AUAUCUCUCUCCGGAGGCGAUUUAAGCUCAGGCCAAUGUGGUAUGGACUUCAUGUAUGAUACGGAAGUUGUUUUCACCGAAAGUUUCGCAGCAAAGCCAGUUCGAACACUUGUUGUGAAUACAAAUGCACCGCUUCACUCAAUUAAUACUAACAUCGAUUCGUCUUCUGGAGUCUGUACUUUUCCUUCCGAUAGCCAGUUUCCUGAUCGCUUCAUUUUAUGGAGAGCAAUAGGGCAGAAACUGUUUUUGGAGGAGCGGUCUCUGUGUCGUACCAUAGUCGAUGGAACCAUGUGUUUGGAUUUUUCACGAACGCCUAUAUUACCUGGCACGUCAAUCGCGCUAUUUGACCAGAAUGUUCUUUGUAUUGUGGUGCCUACGCAAUCGACUGUUCACAGGUUUUACGCGAGGCUCAUUUAUGAUCCCACGGAGAUGAUUAAUAGAGAGGUUCGUACUUUUAAUGGCGACUGUAGCGUAAUAUAUAGUUUAUGCGUAGUUUACAUACUAUACCGUUCAUGGAUGCCUAUGACUCCAUUUUAG